UCUACUCACUAUCGGACCCCUCAAAAGAUUAAGCAACACAACUGUUGUGGACUUAACACGAAAUACUAAUCUAACCUGCAUAAUGCUGAAGAAAGUGCAAGGCCCGGCCGACGUGGACGCGUCGCGCAUUCUUGUGAAGGGUCCCGAGUUUCUGAGGAGACAGAUGGAGCGAGAAAGCGAGGCGAAUAAAGGACGCGUCAGUGCGGUGGAGAGGCUAGCAGCCAGUAAACCUCAAUAUGUGAAAAGCCAACAAGUGGUCGGUUCCACUCAGGUAUCUGUCAUCAGCGUUGGGUCUACCUCCGUGAGCAGCCAAGGGUCUUCGAACGGACACGGUUCCAUUAAAAACACCGCUAACGUUGAUGUUGAGGAUACACGGUCGCCUGAAGGCGAUAGUAAUGUGGCGAGAAGGAGCAGCUCGAAGAAACGAGACUCGAUUUUACUAUACAGACAAAAGUGUGAACUCUUAAGAGGAUCGCCUGGUGGGAGUAGGAGAUUAAUUAAAAAGUCGCUAUUCACUAUUAAAGACAAGACAAACACGUUUUCGGAGGCGCGCGGUGGUGAAUGCGCCACACGAAAAGCCACUCGGGUAACUUUACCCGCCUCAAACGACCACUCAGGUGAGAUAAACGGUGAGCCGAAAGGACCUCCUCACAGGAAAGUCACUGAAACCCAGGAGCAGGAGCGCAGGAGCCGCAGGGGGGUGGCGCGCUCCAGCUCUGACAUCAGCUCGCGCUACUCAAAAAACUUCGCGGACUUCGACGCGUUCUUCAAAUACUGCGGGCUCGAUGGUGACGUCAUCGAGUCCCUGGGCACUGAGAACUUCUCCGCGCGCUCAGAAGACCUCGGCUCCAAGAUCCGGAGCAUCAGUGCCUCGACUUCAGAUGACGGGUUCUCGAGGAGCAGCGACGGCCUGCAGGAGGAUGAGCUGCAGGAGACUGUGCGUCAGGGGUCGUCGGUGGUCGAGCGCAACGCUCGGAUCAUCAAGUGGCUUUACAGUUGCAGAAAUGCGGCGGAGUCGGGGAAGACUCUUCGAGAUCUGGAUUGAUUUGGGUCAUGUUAAAAGCGUUGGUUUGGCCAGUAGCACGCAUAAAAUGACCCGCCACCUUAUAGCACGUGCGUCUGCAAGAUGUCUGUAAAAGAUCACUUGAUCUGGAAAGCUGCUGUGUACAACAUCUGACAGACGUCUGUAAAAUGUCAGUUUUAAAUACAUUCUAAAUCAUAAACAUCUUGAAGACAUCUAGUUGGCUGACAUGUUCAUUUCCUUCAUAUUCAACUAACUGGCUAAUUGAUCAAUUUCUUAUGAGGUUUUAGAAUGGUGGUUUAAGAUUUAUGAGUAUGUCUGUGGUUAAUGUUUUGUUGUAUAAUUGCAUACAUUUAAACCUUACACCUGAAAGCAUCUGGUACAAAUUUCUAUUUAGGCACAACAACAGUUCCGUCAGGCAUACAUGUCCUUCUGGUAGUUUUAGUCUUUAUUUAGCAGCUUGUUAGUGUGCAAUUUAUGUUGACAUUAAUAUUUCUUAAGGGAAUGCUAAGUACAGACCGUACUUUACUCAUAAAUCCAAAACCACCAUUCUAAAAACCCAUAGGAAAUUCCAAAGAGAGCACAUGGUUGAAAAAUGGCUAAUUAUCUUGCUGGUUUUAGGACCUCAAACUGCUGUACUGGUUUCGCUGUUUUGGCUAAGCCUUUUGUACAUGACAGUACUUGAUCCUGGAACUUGAUCCUGGAAUCUAUGGAUAAAGUAUAGUUUACAGAGACAAAUGACGUUCAAGCCAAACAGGCCAUCAAGCCUGUCAGCAAUGGAAUGCUGAGGGUAGCUUCUGGCCCUGAGAUAUGGAAAGAUAUGGCUUCCAACAAGCACUUCUGUCCAUUGUUUUGCAACAACGGAAACGGUGAACAAAAAGCAAGUACAUUCACACCCAAUGUGGGUGUAUUUAAUUUGUGCCACUGUCACUUUAGUUCAAAGAUGAGGUGUCUGUGUUUAUUCUGUUUGACUGCUGACUGUCUAGUCAUAUCUUCUCUGACUCAAUAUGCCUUGCAAAUAUAAAAUGGUAUUUCAAGUAACUUAAUAAAGUGUAUGCAUUGUUGAGUCAAACAACCUGACACUCUAUAUGCAAAAAUGCUAUGAUCAUGUACCAGUCAAUAAAAC